AUGAGGUGUAUACCAGCUGUGAGCAGUAUUCCAGCUGUCAGCAGACCUAUACCAGCUGUGAGCAGACCUAUACCAUCUGUGAGCAGACCUAUACCAGCUCUGAGCAGACCUAUACCAGCUCUGAGCAGACCUAUACCAGCUCUGAGCAGACCUAUACCAGCUCUGAGCAGACCUAUACCAUCUGUGAGCAUACCUAUACCAGCUCUGAGCAGACCUAUACCAGCUGUGAGCAGACCUAUACCAUCUGUGAGCAGACCUAUACCAGCUCUGAGCAGACCUAUACCAGCUCUGAGCGGACCUAUACCAGCUCUGAGCAUACCUAUACCAGCUCUGAGCAGACCUAUACCAGCUCUGAGCAGACCUAUACCAGCUCUGAGCAGACCUAUACCAGCUCUGAGCAGUAUACCAGAUCUGAGCAGACCUAUACCAGCUCUGAGCAGACCUAUACCAGCUCUGAGCAGACCUAUACCAGCUCUGAGCAGACCUAUACCAGCUCUGAGCAGACCUAUACCAGCUCUGAGCAGACCUAUACCAGCUCUGAGCAGACCUAUACCAGCUCUGAGCAGACCUAUACCAUCUGUGAGCAGACCUAUACCAGCUGUGUGCAGACCUAUCCCAGCUCUGAGCAGACCUAUACCAGCUGUCAGCAGACCUAUACCAGCUGUCAGCAGACCUAUACCAGCUGUGAGCAGACCUAUACCAGCUCUGAGCAUACCUAUACCAGCUGUCAGCAGACCUAUACCAGCUGUCAGCAGACCUAUACCAGCUCUGAGCAGACCUAUACCAGCUGUCAGCAGACCUAUACCAGCUGUCAGCAGACCUAUACCAGCUCUGAGCAGACCUAUACCAGCUCUGAGCCCUGGAAACACAAACCGUUAUGUAGACCUAAUUCCUGUUCAGACUUUGCUAAUGGCUGUUCAAGUUCCCUUGAUCCUGGGCGUCACUCGGAGGCAGUCUAAUGAGCCACUUAGGCAGGCUAAUGGCCCACUUAGGCAGGCUAAUGGCCCACUUAGGCAGGCUAAUGGCCCACUUAGGCAGGCUAAUGGCACACUUAGGCAGGCUAAUGGCCCACUUAGGCAGGCUAAUGGCACACUUAGGCAGGCUAAUGGUACACUUAGGCAGGCUAAUGGCCCACUUAGGCAGGCUAAUGGUACACUUAGGCAGGCUAAUGGCCCACUUAGGCAGGCUAAUGGCCCACUUAGGCAGGCUAAUGGUACACUUAGGCAGGCUAAUGGUACACUUAGGCAGGCUAAUGGCCCACUUAGGCAGGCUAAUGGCCCACUUAGGCAGGCUAAUGGUCCACUUAGGCAGGCUAAUGGCCCACUUAGGCAGGCUAAUGGCCCACUUAGGCAGGCUAAUGGCCCACUCAGGCAGGCUAAUGAUCCACUUAGGCAGGCUAAUGGCUCACUUAGGCAGGCUAAUGACCCACUUAGGCAGGCUAAUGGCCCACUUAGGCAGGCUAAUGGCCCACUUAGGCAGGCUAAUGACCCACUUAGGCAGGCUAAUGGUCCACUUAGGCAGGCUAAUGGCCCACUUAGGCAGGCUAAUGGCCCACUUAGGCAGGCUAAUGGCCCACUUAGGCAGGCUAAUGGCCCACUUAGGCAGGCUAAUGGCUCAUUGGAUAUCCAGUC